GUCUAUUUCAGAUUACGUACAGAUACUCAGACUCGAUAAGCUCUCAAGCAAAAUCUUCAAUUUUUGUCCACGUACACCAAUAACCCUGCUCACUGUCUAUAAAUCGCAAGGAAACCACAAGAACCCACAAAAGCCCAUCAGCACACGUAGACCCAUGCCUGGGCUCCGCUGCUAGUGUCCGCUGAUCUUGGUGAGAGAGGAACAUGCAGCACUAAAGUCCACCCCAUGUAAAGCCGCGUCGCGAAGAUAAGGUACAGAUAGAGCAUUGUUCCGUCGGAAGGAGCUUCAGAUCCGGCGAAUCGAGUUCGUGACGGACGAGAUGCAAAGUGUACAGCAGACCGCCGAUACCGCUCGCACACAUACACCAUCCAAGAUCAAGCUCGAGAUCAAACCCACCCCACACGCUGAAGCGACUACGUUUGCUCGUCAUGGGCUCUGCAACAGCUUCGUCCACGGCUUUGGUAUAGCAGGCGGCGUUCGAGGCCAUAGAAACGUCGGACUCGAGCCGUUCCACGUAUCGCCCUCAACCAUACUCGGGGUCGCCGUCCUCAGGAACGUAGGCUGCCAGCUAGGCGUACCUGGCGAUGGAGUCGUGCUCAGCAAGAAGGUUGGCGAUGUAGGCGAGAUGGCGCGGUCGAAGAUCGAUAGCGGGGAUGCUGGGAGCAAUGGCGAGGCGAUUCUAAAGAACGUUGUGGCGGUAAGGCGUGGCUAUGGAGGUGAGAGGGUGGGGUUGACUGGCGAUUGUGGCGACAUAGGUGAUAUAGGCGAGAUUGGUGACAUGGGUGACGUUCGCGGUGAUGAGAAGCUCGUAGGGAGGAUUGAUGGCGAACUCGUACAAGGCAUUGAUGGUGAGUUCAUAGGAAGUGGCGAUGGGGUCUCUGGAUCCUAA